AUGAGCCAAGCAAAGCCCCCUACAGCCAAACCCUCUACAGCCAAACCCUCUACAGCCAAACCCUCUACAGCCAAACCCUCUACAGCCAAACCCUCUACAGCCAAGCCCCCUACAGCCAAGCCCCCUACAGCCAAGCCCCCUACAGCCAAGCCCCCCUACAGCCAAGCCCCCUACAGCCAAACCCCCUACAGCCAAACCCCUACAGCCAAACCCCCUACAGCCAAGCCCCCUACAGCCAAGCCCCCUACAGCCAAGCCCCCCUACAGCCAAACCCCCUACAGCCAAACCCCCUACAGCCAAACCCCCUACAGCCAAGCCCCCUACAGCCAAACCCCCUACAGCCAAACCCUCUACAGCCAAACCCUCUACAGCCAAACCCUCUACAGCCAAACCCUCUACAGCCAAACCCUCUCCUAA